GUGGAAUGGGGGUUUGGGUUCCGUUAGGCCUGGCUAGACCACUAUGCAUACCUUUGCAGACCCAGAUUAAUUUUCAAGCGGCAAUACAUUCACCUAUAUGAACUUCAGCAUACUAAGGUGUACACAACUAAAAAGCCUACCUUGUGUUACCGACCCAAUGCAUGACCUUUGUAACUCACAGUCGAAGUUAUACAGCUUUUGCGCGGUUAUCAUUAUCAAUAACACCCUUUAAGUGUUUGCUAUCACAAUGAAGCUUUAAGGUGGAGCACCUGGGUGAAGCAAACAGGAGACAUGGCUUGCUGUGGGCCGACGAACGGUCUACGUGAUAACGACGAUUGGAGGUACCCUCGAACCCUUCAAUGGAAACGACUGGUAACCGGUGAUGACGUGCCCCUGCUCCUGGCGCCAUCAUAUGAUAGGCCCUUGUUGCCAGCUACAACGGCGGAGGUGCCCAAUCCUCUCCACACCCGCUCGGCUCAGCAGUGGUUCACUGGACUUCCUGAUGACACUGCACGAGCAAUUAUGCAAACACGACGCAGCAUGCUGCGGGAACAGCAGAUCGUGGACACUGUCAUGUCCAUGAACCCCAAGCCGCUCGCCCGCGACCCGCGCCCCUCCCCUGACCUGGUCUUCCAGCACCUGGCGGCCACGCAGCAGCACAUGGCAGCGCUGGCAGCAGCGCGGGGCCUGACAGGCAGCAGGGGGCUCUGGAGCGGCGGCCGAGCGGGGCCAGCGGGCCAGCGGCCGGGGACGGCGCCACCUGCAGGCGCUCCUCAGGGCAUGCCGUACGGAACCACCGGGAUGCCGUACGGGUUUUCACAGCCCUCCACGCCGCACCGCGGUGCUCCUCUGCUGCAGCCAGGAGGCCUGCCGCCGCCCGUCAUGUCCAUUAUCGCACAACAACAGCAGCAGCAGCAGCAGCAGGGGCAGCAGGCUGGGCAGACAGGAGGAAGGAUUGCGGCGGCGCUGCGGUCCAUCACCCCCUUCAAGUCCAAGCGGCCCCAGAGCGCUCCUGCGCCUCCGGGGCAGAUGCAGCAGAUGCAGCAGCAGCAACAGCUGCAGCAGCACAUGGUGCCGCAGCAGCCACUGUCCCCCCAGCAGCCCCCAAUGUAUCCGCAGCAGCAACAGCCGCACAUGUUGCAGCAGGCGCCCCAGCACCCGCUGAUGCCGCCCCAGCACCCGCAGCAGCACCUCCCCCAGCCGCCAAUGGUGCAGCAGCAGCAGCAGCCCCUGAUGACGGUGGCAAGCCCGCAGCAACAGCAGCAGCAACCAUACCAACCCGGGCCGUUGCAACCAGCACCGCCGCCGCAACAACAGCAGCAGCAGCAGUUCCCCAUGCAUCAGCCGGGCAUGCCGUUGCAGCAACAGCAGCAGCUGCAGGCGCAAGCCAUGCCCCAGCCGCACAUGCCCCAGCAACCCCCGAUGCCGCCCCAACAGCCGCCCCCACCUCAGCCGCCCAUGCAAGGCCCGCCUCCAGACUCCGCCGGCCCAUCGAGCCCUUGGUACAAGCGCAUGUGGCGGCGAGGCGGCGGCACAACCACCUCACCCGGCCCUGGCCCCGACGCGGCAACAGCUGCUACGGUGCCGGCGGGGUUCCAGCCACAAGGGGGUCAAACAGCGUUCGACGGCACGCAACCGCCGCCGCCGCAGCAGCAGCUGCCACUCCAGCCGCUGCAAGGGCCGCAGGCACCAGAGCCACACCUACAACAUCAGCAACUGCUGGGUGUCGACCCCCAGCAGCGACAACAGCUGCUGCUGCAACCGUGGCAGCAGCAACAGCAGCCACAGGUGGCAGCACAAGCUGCAAUGCAGCAGGCAGCUUACCACCAACAGCAGCAGCAGCAGCAAGGGGUAGGUCCCAUGGGCAGGCCACAACCGCAAUCUCCACAGCCCUCGGAGGCUGCAAUGUGGGGUGCCAUGCAGCACCCUGGGAUGGCACCGCUCGGACAGCAGCAGCAGCAGCAACCGCAACCGCAACAGCUGCAGCUGCAGCAACAAGCUGGAGGAGUGAUGGGCUCGCGGCUGCCAUAUCCCGACCCACAAGCAGCCAUGCAGCAGCAGCAGCAACACCGGCAGCCACUCAUGCAGCUGCUUCCACCGCCGCCACCAACAGCCAUGCCCCAGCCGGUCCAGCCACCCCCUGCAGCGGCUCCACUGCUGUCGCCGCCGCUACCUCCCGGCCCCGUACUCCUGCCGCCACCCCGCAUGCCGUACAAUGACGAUGCGGCUUACGGUCUGGAUGAGGAACUAGUGGCCACUACGGCCGCGCCGCCGCCGCCCCUCCCGCCACCAUCCUCGCUGCCGCCUUCUCGCCCUGGAGCUGCCCUAACCAACUUCAAGCGUGGCGGUGGUAACGACUUUGGCCUGGGUGCUGACGUGGCGGAGGCAGAAGCGGCGACUGCACCCCUGCCGCCGCCAGCAGCAGCGCCGUUGCUCCGGCCGCCGUCCCUUACUCAAGGUCCCGGCGGGAGUGGCAUGCUGCGUCCGCCGCCGCCACCGCUGUCGUACAAUCACCACCAGGAUCCGUACGAUGUUCCGGAGGAGGCCCUGGAGGCGACUGCUGCUGCGGCAGAGCAGCGGUUGGGCAUGGCGCCGCCUUCGCUGCGGCGUGCGCAGGCGCCUGCACCGCUGCCGGCGCUGUCAUCCGGCUUGUUGCCGGCGCCACGCCGGCUGCAGCGAAGGCCCAGCAUGGAUGGGCCAGCUGGAGACAUUGAGGACGUGGAAGAGGACUUUGGGUUGGGCGCGGAAGUGGAGGCAGCAAACACCGCAACCAUGCGACCCGCGGGUCUGCCGCCGGCUCGUCAGCUGGCAGCCGUGGGAGGGCCCGCACCAGAGGUUGACUUCAGCUUUGGGGCCAGACAACACCCCGGCGGCCCGACACCCAAGAAGAUUGCACCGGUCACUCGCCCGCUUCCGGCCAAGCUUUCCCCUCCCCGUUUCAACAAUGAGGAGAUUGUGGAGGAGGAUUUCUAGUUUGCACGACCUCUACACGGGACCCCAGGGCUCCCUUUCGAAACGACGAGACAAUUUACUUGAUGGUAGUUGGGUGAGCUGCGCUCGAACAAGAUACGUAGCAAGAUAAUUACCGGUUGUCCUUUGCGAUACCAGCUGUGAGGGGUUCGUCGUGAGAAGCACUCAUUGUAAGCUGUGGAGAAACCAUGUCGCGGCGCGCAAUGGCGCAAAAUGCACAGGCCCGCUUCUAUAUCUUAUAACCCAU